AUGGCAGAGAUUCACGUAAUAUACCCUGUUUGUGUAUUGUUAGCGGUAUGUGUGCAUAGCGCACUCGCGGGGGUAGUUCACCUGGAACCUCCCGAGGAGCAAGAGAGUCCCGGUACUUUGGAGUCUGACAUGAAAUUAACAAAAGAACAACGUGAAGCAAUUGAAGCAGAUAUAUCGGCACAGGCAAGCGGCGUGGAUGCGAGAAAAGCGCAUGCUGAUCUCGCAUUGCGCUGGACAGAUGGAAUCGUGCCUUAUGUAAUAUCGGCUGAAAGUCAGGGUGAUAGCGAUAAAAUAAAAGAAGCACUUGCCUACUGGGAGAGCAACACUUGUAUUAGGUUUCCAGAGUAUGACGCGAACAAAGGUCACACGAACAGAAUCAAUUUCAUAAAAGAUGUCGGAUGCUGGUCGUGGGUCGGUCAAACUGGUAGACUCCCCCAAGACAUUUCGAUAGGAAAUGGCUGUGCAUACAGAGGAACUAUUGCCCAUGAACUUGGCCACGCAAUAGGAUUUUGGCAUGAACAGAGUCGCGAGGACCGAGAUAAUUAUGUUACAAUCCACUGGGACAAUAUCCAAUCCGGAAAGUCACAUAACUUCAAUAAAUACGGUCCUGAAACUAUUAACUCGUAUAGCGUUCCAUAUGAUAUUGGGUCAUUGAUGCAUUACGGUGCUUGG